UGUUUUGUGCAUUGCAAUAACGCUUUUUAAUAAUGAAUAAUUAAUCACGCAACUCUUCCAGCUCGCGCACAAUUUAAGUAAGUUUUAGGUUAAAAACUUGUUUUAAUUUGAUUAAAACUACACCGACACUAAAGCUGCUAAUUAAUGAUUAGAUGGCCUUUGAUUAAUUAUUUUGUUAGAGAUAGUGUGUACAUUUGCAGCAGUGUGUGUGUGUGUGUGCUGUCAGUUAUAAACUGUUCACACACACCAAAGAACUCAAACAAAUUCCAUACAGUGACAGUUCAUUAGAGAUUUUUUUUAAAGUAAUGCAGUGAUGAAACAAAACAAAACACCAAAUGUGUCAAAUUAAAUAACAAAAAUCUGAUUCAAAAACUUCAACAUUCAUUUCUUGUUUCGUUAUAAUUCCCAUGUAGUAUAACAAGAAGUUGUGGUGAGAAAGUUGUGAAUUGUGUGAAACUUUUAAAAUAGUUUAAGGUGAAUGAUGGAUCAUUAGCUGUAUUAUUUGUACAGUUAUCGUUAACAAGUGUGUGUUGGCGUUCCACUUAGCUCCUGAAAUUCUGAUUGGUCGGAAGGCUGCUGACGAAUUCUCUAGAAGAGCAGAGCAGGUUUAUAAUAACACGCUCGUUCUAAUACCUCACGGUUUCUAUAGUGACACUGUGUCUAAUCGUUAAUGUGUAAGGAGAUGUUUAUGUAGCGUGUAUGGAAGGAGUCUCCAGUGUCAGCGCUGUGUAACAGUCAGAGGUUCUGAGGGGGACGGUUUUUUUUUCAUCCUGGUGCGUGCAUCCUCCUCCUCCUCCUCCUCUACCCAUCCCCCACUCAUCCUCUACCCGUUCUCCACCCAUCCUUCAUCUGUCCUCCACCCGUCCUCCACCAUGUCGUACCGUAAGGAGAUGGAGAAAUACCGGGACGUGGACGAGGACGAGCUCCUGCAGAAGCUCAGUGAGGAAGAGCUCAGGAGACUCGAAGAUGAACUCGAAGAGCUCGACCCUGACAAUGCUCUGUUACCAGCGGGUCUGAGACAGAGAGAUCAGACGAAAAAAGCUCCGACCGGAACGUUCCACAGAGACAACCUGCUGGCUCACCUGGAGAAACAGGCCAAGGAGCAUCCGGAUCGAGACGACCUGGUGCCGUAUACCGGGGAGAAGAGAGGGAAGCCGUGGGUACCCAAGACGAAGGUUAUCGACCCAAUUCUGGAAAACGUCACACUGGAGCCGGAGCUGGAGGAAGCUUUAUCUAACGCUACAGAUGCAGAACUGUGUGACAUCGCAGCUAUCCUGGGCAUGCACACUUUGAUGAGUAAUCAGCAGUAUUAUGAAGCUUUGGCCAGCAGCACCAUCGUCAACAAACAGGGUUUAAACAGUGUGAUCCAGUGCGCGCAGUAUAAGCAAAUUCCCGAUGAGCAUCCCAACGACACUGAUGUGGAACAGACACUAAUGAGGAUUAAACACAAUGAUCCUGAACUCGUGGAGGUCAACCUGAACAACAUCAAGAAUAUUCCCAUCACCACUCUGAAAGCAUAUGCUGAGACGCUAAAAGAAAACACAGUAGUGGAACGAAUGAGCAUCGUAGGAACACGGAGCAAUGAUCCUGUAGCCUACGCGUUUGCCGACAUGCUGCGAGUAAACACCACACUGAAGUGUUUGAACGUCGAGUCGAACUUCAUCACGGGAAACGGAGUCCUCGCUCUGGUGGAGUCGCUGCAGUAUAACACAACACUGCAGGAGCUCAAAAUCGACAACCAGAGUCAACCCCUGGGUAAUAAGGUGGAGAUGGAGAUUGCCAGCAUGUUGGAGAAAAACAGCACGCUGCUAAAAUUCGGAUAUCAUUUCACACAGCAGGGACCUCGCUUACGCUGCUCUAACGCUAUGAUGAACAACAAUGACCUGGUGCGUAUAGUUCGCUCAGAUUCAGACGGAGCCAUCACCUUCACUCUGUCCGUCCCCGAGCUGGAGCGAGCCUUCUGUAAAAAAUUCAAGUUCUCCGCGAAACCCAAUAAGAAAGAAAAGGCGUGAAAGUGGCCCGAUUUUCCCCAAGUGUCGGACAGACGUGUAACAGCGGCCAUGACUGCGCCCCCUGGUGGCCUGGAGGUCUGCAGCUGGCCGCAUUCUUUCUUUCCCUCUCUGAUUGUAAUACUACUGUAAUGUACGUAGUA